UAAACUUUGACAGCACAGAACGAGAUGGUUGAAAUGAAAACAUCUACACAGAAAACUGAGUUAUCUAGUGUUUAAUACAUUCACUUUAUUUAAUAUCAAUAAAUUUAUCUUCAAUUAAAAAAUAUGGCUGAUCGUCUAACUCAAUUACAAGAUACCAUAAAUCAGCAAGCUGAGCAUUUCUGCAAUAGCAUUGGCAUACUGCAACAGUUCUCGACGCCUAGUAAAUUUCCUGGUUUCGACCGUAGUGGAUCACAAACGCCUCAACAACAACAAAAUCAAGAGGACUAUGCAAUGCUAUUCGCCACACUUAUAUCACGAUGUGCAAAGGAUAUUGACACUUUGAUUGAGUCUCUGCCGAAUGAUGAGAGUUCAGCAGAUCUGCAGGUGCAAAGUUUGAAGCGAUUAGAAGCCGAAAAUAAAGAGGCCGCUGAGCAACUCGAAGAGGUGGUCCGUCAAGGUGAAAUUCUGCUAGAAAAAAUCCAGGGUGCUUUGAGCGACAUUGCACAAUGCCAGCUCGAUAUGCAGAAUCCAGCACUCAUUUUGGAUAAAGAUCACAAACCACAGUUAUAGAAGUCAAAGAGUGGUGGUUUUCAUCGUAGGUGAUAAAUUUGGACUGUUUAUCAUUUUGUACCAAUAUGUAUUUAUCUAAAUUACAUGCAGUACAUGAGAACUUGUCAGAAAAUUGUCUUUCCAUAAUUUUCAUCUGUUUUUAUUUUAUUUACUGCAACAAUUGGCUAUGGUUACAAACUAUGAUACUAUAAAAAAAAACAAGCAGACUAAUUUGUCUCUUUGCACAUGCAAAGAGAGUAUACAUAUACCAGCUAUAUAUUAUACAGAAUUUUAUAAACAGCAAUAAUAGACAGUUGUUCAGAUAAGAUAUAAAAGGUAAUUUAAUUUUUUAGUUUUUAAAUAAUUGUAGUUAUGUUGUCUUAUACAUUAAGUUGUCUUUGAUUGUCCCAAGAAAAGGAGAUUUUUUUUGUCAAUUAAUAACAUGAAAUAGUAAAAUAAAUAAUAAUAAAAAUAAGACUAUACAAAAUUAAUACCCAUAUGUUAUUAGUAGACAAAUGGCAGUAGGCCUUACGCUUAAGUAAGAAAUAUAUAAGUUCAUUAGAUUUUCAUAAUUGUUAAGAACUGAUAUAAAGGAAAUGGUAAGGUCAGUCUGGCCAUAUAUAUGGUAGUAACAACUGUAUUGAUAUAAUUAUAUGAUUCUCAAAUAGCACAUUCUAGGCAAUAAUCUGAGAAAAAAAUAAGUAGGUCCAGGAAUGCGAACCAUAUGACAAAAUUCAUACAGAAAAUUCGAUUUUUGGCCUUCAGUUUGAGGAGAUUUUCAUUCUCAUUCAAGUGUCGUAAAUCCAUUUUGACCUAUGGAAAUUGGUCACAAUACUAUGUUUUAUGAAGUUAGAGUAACCAAAUUCAGUUAAUAUAAAAGUUUUUUUUUAUUUUUUGUUUGAGGCUAAAUAUUUUAAGGUUGGCAACAGUGACUGUCUCUGGACCACUCCUUAAAGGUUUGGUUUAAAGUCUAUGAUGAUUAUAAUUGAGAAUCUCGAAAAUAAUGUUUAUAAACAUCUUUAAUAGUAGGUAAUAGAACAGAUAAAUAUAAACAUUACUGAAUUAUAUUUUAAUAGAAUUAUUAUGUACUUAGAAACAUAUUGUAGUUAUUAAGUUUAAAUAAUUCCAAACAUACUCGUAUUUAUCUGUAAAUUUGUCAUACCUACUAGGCCCUUUCUCUAUCUAAAAACCUUCAUGUUGUAGUUUCAUAGACAGAUUACCAACAACAAAAUUGUUGAAUAUAUUGUCGGCCUCGGAGAUGGGUUUAGCACAUCGCUUUACCUCCGAUGGUCGGGGGUUCAAUUCCUUAAAUUUUGCAUUGUUGGUUCAAUUCCACUAUGCAAAUACUUGUAUUCAUAGGUAUGAUUGUUUGUAUUAGUGAUUGUCUGGGUGUUUUCUAUGUGUUUACAAAAUAAAAAUGUAUUUGUCUAGUACCCAUAACACAAGCUCUGCUUAUCGUUAGACUAGACGUCUCUGUGUGAAUUUGGAUUAUAAUUAUAAUAUAGUGUCUUCGUCAUGUGCUCAUGGACCCUUGAAUCAGAGGGCUCCCUUGGUCCGGAGCCUGUGGUAUUUCACCCGCUCUGCUCCCCUAUCGUUACGUCGCUGUGUACUAUACCCUCAAUUGAAAUAUUAUGUACCACGAGAUAUUGUCCAUAUAAACUGUCAUCAUGACCAAAUUAAGUUAUGUAAAUAAUAGUAAACAAUAAACAUUUUUAUAACAUGUA